AUGUGUCCAUGGUUUUUUUCAGGGAGGUGUGAUAGAGGAGUAGAUUGCUUAUUUGCUCAUUCACAAGAAGAACUAAAUCCAAUACCAGACUUAUCAUUUACUAGUUUAUGCCCUUUAGCAAAAAAAGCAGGAUCAUGUAAAAAUGAAAAUUGUAGUUAUGCCCAUUCUGUUUGUGAAUUAAGACCAACAGGAGAUUUAUACAAAACUGCUCCUUGUACCAAAUUUUUGAGGGGGAAAUGUAAUGCCGAAGCACAUUGUAGACAUGCACAUUAUAUUCAAGAGUUAAGACCAUUACCUGGUAAUUUAUCUCCUUCCCAAAAUGCUAUUAAUCUUAUGUUAGCGGCCCCUAUGUCGAACGCUUUACAGAAGGUUGAAAAAAAAAAAAAUAAUAAUAAUAACAACAAUAAUAAUAACAACAAUAAUAAUAACAACAAUAAUAAUAAUAAUAAUUAUAAUAAUAAUAAUAAUAAUAUUAAUAAUAGUAAUAAUAAUAAUAAUAGUAAUAAUAAUAAUAAUAAUAAUAGUAAUAAUAAUAAUAGUAAUAAUAAUAAUAAUAAUAAUAGUAGUAAUAAUAAUAGUAGUAAUAAUAAUAGUAGCAGCAAUAGUAGUGGAAGUAAAAGAAACGUUAAUAGCAAUAGCAGUAGUAGCAGCAACAGUGUCAACAGUAGCAACAAUAUGAACAAUAAUAUAAACAAUAAUAGCAACAGCAGAAGCAACAGAAGCAACAACAAUGGCAACAUCAAUAAUAGUAAUAAUCAUUUUGUAGAGGAGAGUAAGAAGAGUAACAACAUGUUGAAGCAAUCCAACAAUAACAUGAUGUGCAAUUUUCCCCUACACAAUAGCACAAACAAUAGAUUUAGAAAAAACUUGAGCAAAAACGCCAGUGCAGAUAAUAGUAUCAGCGGAAAUGUUAGCAGGAAUGUUAGUAGGAAUGUUAGCGGUAAUAUGAAUGGACAGAUGAAUGGACAGAUGAAUGGACAGUUGAAUGGACAGUUGAAUGGACAACUGAAUGGACAGAUGGACGGCCAGAUGAAUGGACAGAUGAAUGGACAGAUGAACGACCUUGUUGGAGGUCAUGUGAGCGGCAGUAUGAAUGGUAUUGUUGUUGGAAAUGUUAAUGGCAACAUGCAAGAUAGUGUAAACAGUAAUAGUUGUGUAACUAAUAGUAUGAAUAUUAUUAACAAUAAUUACCAGAAGAGCUCGUCAUACCCGAACAAUUUAUAUGCUUUAUUAAAGAGUAAAGAGAGCAACGAAGAAUGUAAUAAUAAUAGUACUACUACUCUUAAUAGUGUGAACUUUAAGAAUUAUAUUUUGAACAAUAAUAAUAAUGAGUUUGAAAAUAGCAAUGAUAUGUUGAGCACAUUUAAUAUAAGAAAUCUACAGAAUAUGUACACGAAAUCGCAUGAAGUUAACAGCGGAACGUACAAGUCUCUUAACGAGUUGAUCACACAGGAUGUAAAUAUUAACUGUGCCAUGAAUGGAAAUGUAAAUUGCAGUUUGAAUGGAAUUAUUACUAAUAACAUGAACAAUUGUAUAGCGAACAGUAUGGUGAAAAAUAGGAAUAAUAAUGAUAUUUGUAUUGGAAGUGGCCUUGGCUGUAAUAGUGGAAAUGGCAGUGGCAAGCACUACAAUUUAAGCAAGUCAAAGAAGAAAGAGGCAUUGAAUAAUCAUUAUUGUUCUUACUCAACGAAAGAAGAAUCGAAUUUAUUACCAGUAAUCAGGUUAUCGAGUAAUUCAUCAAAAGAAUAUGUAUCAAAUAAUGAAGGGAGUAAUAAUAUUUUAGUUAAUACAAUAGACCAUAUGGAGCUUACUGCGCAAGAUAGUGCUUUAAAAGUAAUUGAAGAUGAUAAUGAAAAAUUGAAUACAACUGAUAUUAAUAAUUUCUUGAAAUUAUUACAUAUAUCAAACACAAAUGGUUAUAAUGAUCAACACUUUUUAUUUAAUGAUGAAUAUACAAAUACGACAUCAAAUUGUGGACAUAACAAUAGCCUUUUAACUAAUCAUGCAAAUAACCGUGCUAUGAGUAAUAGUUAUAGCAACAGUAACAGUAACAGUAACAAUAACAGUAACAAUAAUAGUGACCAUAUGUUGUAUGAACCGUACAAGACUCUACCCCUGACCAGAAACAACUUAAAACACCAGCCAAGUAUGAUGGAAGACCAAUCGUAUAUGCGACAGGAACAUUUCUAUGUGCGUAAUAAUGGGCAUAGUAAUAUGAAUAACAAUGUGAACAAUAGUAUGAACAAUAGUAUGAACAAUAGUAUGAACAAUAGUAUGAACAAUAGUAUGAACAAUAGUAUGAACAAUAGUAUGAACAGUAGUAUGAACAGUAGUAUGAACAGUAGUAUGAAUAAUAGUAUGAGUAAUAGUAACAGUAAUAUGGAACUCAUAAAUAGUGGUCAAAUUAAUAAUACAAGGAAGUAUAACAACGACCCAGAUGACAACGUAAAAAAUAUUUAUAAACUUAGCAAUAACCCAUUAAUUAGUUGUUCAAAUUUCUGGAAUUAUCCAGAAGAUGAGCUAGCUACCACAGCAUCAAAAAUUGUACAAAAUGUUGAAAUAUUUGACUAUUAG